AUGCUUACCCUAGUCGGUUUUAUCAUUUGUGGUGUCAUUAUUGACUGUGGUGGUGUUUCAGCAUUUGCGUUUAGUGGUACUGAGAUCGUGGCAUUGGCUGCAGCUGAGUCUAGCGAGCCGCGCAAGCAGCUUCCCCGUGCUUGUAAACUCGUUGUUUACCGAGUGCUUAUUUUCUACACGCUCUCCUUAUUCAUCGUGACAUUGCUUGUUCCUUAUGAUAACCCAUCUCUUCAUGGCGAUAACUCUUAUGACCCGAAAACAUCACCUUUCGUCAUUGCAGUCCAAAGUGCUGGCAUUCAUGUUCUUCCUCAUAUCAUAAAUGCUAUCAUUGCAAUUUCAGCUAUCUCUGUCUCAAACUCUUCGGUUUAUGCCAGCAGCCGUAUGAUCCAUGCGCUUGCAGAGCAAGGAAAGGCUCCCAGCAUCUUUAAGUAUGUUGAUCGUACCGGUCGUCCACUUAUGGCCGUCUUGUUCGCUUUGCUCUUUGGCCUACUGGGCUUCCUUAUUUAUGUUAAAAAUGAGGGUGAAGUUUUCAGCUGGCUUUUGAGUAUUUCAGGUCUUUCCGUCGUGUUCACUUGGGCCGCAACUUGUCUUGGUCAUAUUCGCUUCCGCGCAGCUUGGGCUAAGCAAGGACGCCGUGUUGAAGAGCUUCCAUGGACUUCACCCCUGGGUGUAUAUGGCAGCUACAUUGGCUUUAUUUUCAACGUUAUGGUUAUUGUCGCGCAGUUUUACGUGUCGGCCUUCCCUAUUGGUGAGGGAGACAUGACCUCUAAUGACCGAGUUUACAAUUUCUUCCUCGGUAUGCUUUCUUUACCCAUUUUCAUGUGCUUGCUAUUUGGUUACAAGAUCAUUAAGCGCACUAAAAUUGUUCGUCUGGAAGACGUCGACUUGGUAUCUGGCAUGCGGUAUCUUGAGCCUUUAGAGGUUCUGGAACAACAGCGUGCUGAGUCUCGUGCCUUACCUUUUCACAAAAAACUUCUGGCGUUCUUCUUUUAA